AGUGUAUAUCAAACGCAUCAGUGUUCGGACGGACGUAAGACGUUCACUAGUUGCUGUGCGGUCUACUAAACGGCAGGGCUCGACACUACGAUGGUAUGAAGUUCAAUAACAUUAUACGGAAAAUCUAAACCCCGCGUGAAUGAGUUUCAAUUUGUAUAUUAUCUUUUUUGCACAUAACCGUUUAUGGUGAUUAAUUGAAAAAUAAACCAAAGAUACCUUUAUCACAAUGACAAUUAUUACACGAUGGAUAUCCCAAAGAUGGGUGAUGGCCUUCAUGGGUAUGCUGGGUGUGACCAUGGCGUACGUGAUGCGUGCCUGCCUGAGCAUAACACUCACGCAAAUGGUCAAGCCCGUGAUCGUGAGUGACGAUCUACAGACGGGCGUACAUCACGAAUACUGUCCGAUGCCCGAGUUGUCGCUCAACCAAACGAAGACAAAGAUAAACAACAAAGGGUUCGAUUGGGACGAGCCGACCCAGGGACGCGUGCUGUCGGCUUUCUACUACGGUUACAUACUCACGCACUUGCCCGGUGGCGUGCUGUCCCAGAAAUUCGGAGGCAAGCACACGAUGGGCCUCGGCAUACUGUCCACCGCUUUGUUUACGCUAAUCACCCCGUACGUGGCUAAUAUGGGACCCACUGAAUUGACCGUUCUGCGGUUCAUCGAAGGCCUCGGAGAAGGCACUACGUUUCCCGCACUUUGCACGCUUCUUGCGCAAUGGGCGCCACCCGAAGAAAAAGGCAAACUGUCCACGCUGGUAUUCGCAGGCGUACAAAUCGGUAACAUGCUCGCAAACUCUUUGAGCGCGUUCAUUAUGCACUACAUACCCGGUGGUUGGCCAAAUGUGUUUUACUUCUUUGGCAUCAUUUCGCUCAUUUGGUUUUUAGCCUGGUGCAUGUUCGUUUACAACGAUCCACAGUCCCAUCCAUUUAUUUCGGACGAGGAGCGUGACUAUUUGAGGCGGACUAUCGGCAGUCUAGAGAGGAAAAAGGACUUACCACCUACGCCUUGGAAGUCCAUUUUAACAUCGUGGCCAGUUUGGGCUCUAAUCAUCGUCGAGGCAGGACACGAUUGGGGUAGUUUUACCAUUAUCAGCGAUCUACCCAAAUAUAUGAGUGAUGUAUUACAUUUUUCUGUGGGACAAAACGGUUUGUUGUCGUCGAUCCCAUUCCUCGCCCAGUGGGUAAUGUCUAUCGGCGCUAGUGUAUUAGCUGAUCUACUUAUCAGCAAGAAAUUGAUUAGUAUCACUGCAAUUAGAAAGAUUUACGCUAUUAUUGGAAACAUCGGACCUAGUAUAGGAGUUAUGUGUGCUUCGUUUGUCGGAUGUAAUAAGUUUUUGGCGACCGCUUGUUUUUCCAUUGGUAUGGCAUUAAUGGGAUUCUGCUAUCCCAGCAUCCGUAUCAAUUCGCUCGACUUGUCGCCGAACUAUUCGCCUACAAUAAUGGCAUUGGUCAACGGUAUCGGUUGUUUGUCGGGAAUGGCAACGCCAUACGUAGCUGGAAUCCUCACGCCAAAUAGAACCGUUUUAGAGUGGCGUCUAGUAUUUUGGAUAAUGAUGGUUAUUAUGACUACAUCUUCUCUGAUUUUUGGAUUGUUUGGAUCCGGUGAAAUACAACCUUGGGAUGACAUGGAACAAUAUUAUUUAAAAGAAAAGGAAAAACAAAAACAAGGAUUGCCUAUGGAUGAAAAAUUGAGUAUAAUACAUUCAAAAUCAAUAGAAGAAGGAAGAUCAAAAUCAAUUAAUUAAUGAUCUAAUCAAAUGGACUUUACUUGUGUUACAUAACGAUACUUUUUAAAGUUAAUUAUUAAAUGUUACCUAUUAAUUUGUUAUAAUAAAGA